CAGAGUUGAUAUUGACGGAAACGAGUGCCGGAGGUGGUUGUCAUGGUGACGGGAGUCGCCAAUUCGGUUUCUUUCAGAGUACUAUAUUACAAUGGCUUCUCAAGAGAGGAUCAGGCCUGUGAUAAAAGGAAGUGGAUUUUGGCAUGUUCCCACUGUGAAGGAAUAUAGCAAGGAAACGCAAGAGUUGUUAAAAGUGAUGAUGCAAGAAUCUAAGCUUACUUGUUUCCAGCAACGCCAUCUUGUAAAUUGCAUUAAACGCGGUGAUGCUUUACCCAUACACUGUUAUCCAACAUCCAGCAGAGAACCAGAGUUUCCGAAGCCUGUAUUACCAAAAGUUAUUUUGACCACCAGUCCCUUUGGCAGACCUCACCUCAGGCCUGCAGAGAUCUGUCGUGCAGGAAAUGCAUAUAUCAGAGAAAAAUUCAAGCCUCAAGCCACUCGAGACCUGGAGAAGGAGAAAGAAAGACUGCAAAACAUCUUAGACGGAAAAGACAAAGUAGAAAAGAAAACUCCAGUCAAGGUUAGAAGAACAGUACAAGAGAUGGACCGAUUCGAUGAAUUGGUGAAUGAAAUUCAAGAUCGACAAAAUUUCCUGUCAGAAAUGGAAGCUUUGGGACAGAGCAAAGUGUAUCAAGGAAUUAUCCAGACUGAAAUAUCACAGAUGCUCCGGGGAGAUGGAGAUGAUAGACAAGCAGAGAACUGCAGAACUGAAAGGGGCAAUAGCCAAGUCUUUCACUGUAAGCAUCAAACAUGACAAUCCAAGCACAGGUCAAGUAGACCAAUAGUUCUCCCCACACUACACCCAAGGAUUUUAACUCCUUCACUCUUUUUCUGCUGACAUAAGUGAAUGUGAAGAAUAUCUUACCCAGUACAGUUUGACCACCUUGUGGCAAGUAUCUGUAGAAUAUAUUUAAUCUCCUAGGAAUACUGUAUGAAUCCUGAAAAGUAGGAAUAACUUGUUUCAACAUGUAAUGGCAGUUAAAAAAUGUGAUCCAGAAACAAAGGGUUCAAAUGAAUCACUGGGUUUACAUUCUUGCCUUUGACAAAAAAAGAGAGAAAGGAUUUCCACAUAUUUCAUCUCUGGAAGACAGCAUCUGUGUUUCUAUCAUUUAUGUGCUCCUGCUUUUUAGAAUUAGAACUGUACAACUAUUAGAAUAGAUCAAAAAUAUUUAUGUUAUGAUUGUGCCAUCCACUGAUGCUGCUGCUUCCAGUCAAAACGGCUGUUUUUCACUCGUCAUAUAAAGCGUUAAGCAAACAGUGGUGACUGUUGUAUUGGACUAUGAAAGAGAAUCGGAAGGUUUUAGAUGGCACUUAUUUUUGAUGAAUGCUUCUUCAGUAAAAUUACAGACUUAGGACAUCUUCAUUAUGACUGUGACUAUUUAUUUACAUGUCUGUCACUUGUUAAAAGAAAGACUUAAUACCACAACAGCAAGUGGGUGGGUAGGAGUAAGGGAUGUUUUUCUCAUUGGUACACUUUUUGCUUUGG